UCCUUUCCCGAACUUAAGGAAGGGUGAAGUGCUUGGGGUGGCUCUCCAGGUCCCGGAUGGUCGAGUGGGAGACGGAGAAGUUGGGGGGAGGCGGGCGUAAACAAGUUAGGGGGCAGCCCGCCAGCAGCCGCGCCCCUGGCACCCGCGGGCGGGGAGCACCACCAUGAGCAGGAGACAUUGAUCGUCCUUUCCCGGCUGCGCCGCCGCCUCUCAGGUGUCGGGGCUUUACGCAGCAGAUACACCGAACUCCAGCCUGAAAUUGAGGGUCCACAGGACGAGAAAAGAUGCGCGCGUCCAUCUGCCCACAGCUGAGGAUCUCAAACUGGAUCGGAGCCGCAGGGCCAGAGCCCAAAGUUGGAGACCUGAUUGAGAUUUUCCGCCCUUUCUACAGACACUGGGCCAUCUACGUUGGCGAUGGAUACGUGGUCCACCUGGCCCCCCCAAGCGAAGUUGCGGGAGCUGGUGUGGCCAGCAUCAUGUCCACCCUGACUGAGAAGGCCAUAGUGAAGAAGGAACUGCUGUAUGAUGUGGUGGGGAGAGACAAGUACCAGGUCAAUAACAAACAUGAUGACAAGUACUCACCGCUGCCUCCCAGCAAAAUCGUCCAACGGGCGGAGGGGCUGGUGGGGCAGGAGUUGCCCUAUUCGUUGCCCUCUGAGAACUGUGAGCACUUUGUGAAUGAGCUGCGCUAUGGAGUCGCCCGCAGUGACCAGGUCCGGGAUGCCAUUGUGGUGGCUGGCAUCGCAGGAGCCGGCUUGGCAGCCAUGGGCCUCAUUGGAGUCAUGUUCUCAAGAAACAAGCGGCAGAAGCAAUGAGUUGAAGGGCCCGUCCCAUCAGCAGUGACUUUGUCCAUUUAGGGGAUCUCGUUGCCCCAGAGGUUUUGAGGUUUGGUCUGUGGAUUUCAUUCUGUUUGAGAAUAAGGCUUAUUUUUACAGAGUAAAAUAAAACCCAACAAGGGAGCACUUUACUGGAGGAGACGCAGCAAGAACUGGCUGGUGUGAAGUGUGUGGAGGCGCAGCUGGGCUCUGGACCUGGCCACGCACGGUGGCGCCCUGGGCUUCGGCCCUUCUCUCUCCCUUUGGGUCUGUGGCUGUGUUCUUUGUCCUGCAGGAGCCAGUCCGGCUCCAGCUAUUUCAAGUCACGGGUGUUUCUGGUUGUGGGGAGACAGGGGAACGGCAAGGGAGACACGCGGGCCUGGCCGAUGGGCAAGAGCAGGACCCAUCAGACAACUCGGACCGUCGGCCUGGGACUAGAGCCGACACGGCUUCUCGGACUCCGCAGCUGCAGUCUGUGGCUGUUCGGUGGAGUCCACACCAAACCAAAGCAAACGUCUGCCAUGAGGAAAGUCAGUAAAGGCUCUUGCCCAUCUCGUGAAA